CCUGCGCGAUUUUUGUGUACCCUCACAAUCGAUUUUCUUUUAUUAAGCCUUUCAUGGAUAUACAUUCCGGCUUCUUGCACAACACCCCGUGCAUAACUAAAGUUUGAAGGUGACAUUUUAUAGAAGAAGUGACUUAACAGCCUAUUUAUCACAUAUAAAAAUCGUGAGUAACGCGCAUUUUUUUUUUAGCAGUUUGCAGUUAUCAUUGAGACAGAGUUGCGAAAAUGUUGGUAUCUACAGUUCUACCACUUCUUUUCGCACUCGCCAUACCCAGUUUGGCGGAUUUCACUCACCAUGUGGUACUUAAGGAUGACGUCUACUUUUUGUCCUGGAAAUUCGACAAUGAAACUAUCACGUUCGAGACCCAGGUUCGUACCACAGGCUAUAUAGGACUUGGAUUCUCUCCCAAUGGGGGUAUGACAGGGGCGGAUAUCGUUAUCGGAUGGGUGAGAGAUGGGGCGGCGUACUUGAAGGACCGCUACGCGACGGCGGAACAAGUGCCCUCUAUCGACGAGAACCAAGAUGUGGAGCUGAUCUCUGGCAGCGAGAACAGCACCUUUACAACAUUACGCUUUAAGCGUAGACUGGACACGUGUGAUAGCAAAGAUAACAAGAUAACACAAAGUACCAUGCGUAUCACCUUCUGUACCAUGGAAACGUGA